AGUUGCCCACAGUCUAUACGACCAACAUUAACAAAAUAUCUUUCAUUUCCUUGAAAAUUUUACAUCUGAUCUGUGAGUCUGUCGUUUAAGGUUUAAAGAGUUUUAUUUUACUAAUUCUUUGAACAUCAAUAUAAUGGAGCUGAACUUAGCACCCCAAAUGCCUGACCAAACCGUUUCUGAAGGAGAGGGCGGGGGAUACUACACUUGGUCCAUUUCCGCCGUCCCUUUUCUCGGCCAGGCAAAGCUUGCCGCCGGCAAGCUCGUUCUGCAACCUCUUGGCUUUGCCCUCCCUCACUACGCGGAUUUCAAGAAGAUCGGCUUCGUUCUUCAAGGAAGUUGCGUGGUCGGAAUGAUAUCUCCGAACAGUACCACCGAGAAUGUAGUCAAAGUCACGAAAGGUGAUGCGAUUCCGGUGGAGUUAGGAGCCGUGACGUGGUGGUACAACGACGGAGACUCCGACGUGAUCGUAGUAUUCUUGGGAGAAACCACCGACUCCAAUCCUCUCGGCCCGUCCAACUACUACUUCCUCGCCGGAGCUCUGGGCAUGCUCGGUGGUUUCUCCGCCGAUUUUCUCGCCGGAGGUUUCGGUAUAUCCGUGAGUGAAUCCAAAACCCUAUUCAAAACCCAAAACGCCACCGUCAUUACCAAACUCAAAGAAAAACUUAACAUCACAAACCCCCCAAACAAUAACCGAAAAGAUUUGGUGUUCAAUCUUGAGAAUGCGUUACCUCCCGUCAACGCCAAUAACGGCGGAUCUCUGGUUUCCGCCACGGCGGAGAAUUUCCCUUUGCUCAGCCGCGUUAACCUAAGCGGGAACCUCGUAAAGCUCGAACCUGGCUCCAUGUUAACUCCGGGAUACACGGCAGAUUCCUCGUACGAGCUAGGUUAUGUCGCGAGUGGCAGCGCUCGGAUUCAGAUUGUCGGCCUUAACGGUCAAAUGGUUUUGGACGACAAAGUUGCGGCCGGCCGCCUCUUUGUCUUGCCCAAAUUCUUUGUUGGUUCACUCAUAGCCGAUACAGAAGGAAUCGAGUUUGUCUCUACAGUGACGUCUGCAGAGCCAAAGUUACGGCGUUUAGCUGGGGUUGAAUCAGUUUGGAAAGCUUUAUCCCCAUCAAUCCUACAAGCAUCCCUAAAUCUCAGUACGGAGGAAACGGAAAUUUUCAAGGCCAAGAUAGUGGAAACCGCAGCAAUUAUCCCUUCCAAUAAUAAUUGAUCAAUGUACUGUCUAAAUUAAAAAUAAAUGGCCAUGCAUGUAAUUUUCGAGUAGUAUGUUAUAAACCCGAGUUAACCACUGAGUUGACUUGAUAAUCACCAUAUUUUAAGUUCGCCAUAUUGUCAUCUUUGUAUUGAGCCAAUUAGGCUCUCUAAUAGCUUCACCUAUAAUGGUUGUGGAUUAUAUUAAAGUUUUUUUGGAGGGCUUAGCUUAUUUGUACUUGAAAAAUUUUAUGACUGUCUACGAUGCUUGAUCGGUUGAGACUUUA